AUGUCCGUCAUUGCGCACGUCGAUCAUGGAAAGUCCACAUUGACCGAUUCGUUGGUAUCCAAAGCCGGUAUCAUUUCGUCAGCGAAAGCUGGCGAAACACGUUUUACUGAUACUCGACAGGACGAACAGGAUCGAUGUAUUACAAUCAAGUCCACAGCUAUUUCGAUGUAUUUUGAAUUAAACAAGGAAGAUCUUGGCGACGUAAAGCAAAAGACUGAUGGUAACGAAUUCUUGAUUAAUUUAAUCGACUCUCCCGGACACGUUGAUUUUUCCUCGGAAGUUACUGCGGCCCUUCGUGUUACCGAUGGUGCUUUAGUUGUCGUUGACUGUGUUGAAGGUGUAUGCGUGCAGACAGAAACUGUCUUACGUCAGGCUCUAACUGAACGUAUCAAGCCCGUAGUGAUUAUUAAUAAGGUUGAUCGUGCCUUGUUGGAGUUACAGCUCACAAAAGAAGAUUUAUACACUUCAUUCCAACGUACAAUCGAGUCAGUGAAUGUUAUUAUUUCCACUUACUUUGACAAGACGCUUGGUGAUGUUCAGGUUUACCCAGAAAAGGGUACCGUUGCUUUUGGUUCAGGACUUCAUGGUUGGGGUUUCACCCUCCGUCAAUUUGCCCGACGUUAUUCAAAAAAAUUUGGUGUCGAUCAAGAAAAGAUGAUGCAAAAACUUUGGGGCGAAAAUUAUUUCAAUCCGGCCACUAAGAAAUGGACAACGAAACAAACCACACCCGAAGGAAAGACACUUGAGAGAGCGUUCUGUAUGUUUGUCUUGGAUCCAAUCUUUAAGUUGUUUGAUGCCAUUAUGAACUUUAAGAAAGAAGAGGCAUCAAAAAUGAUUGAGAAAUUGGAGAUAUUAUUGAAGAGUGAUGAAAAAGAUCUCGAAGGAAAAGCUCUCCUUAAAGUCGUGAUGAAAAAAUUUCUACCGGCCUCAGAUGCUUUACUUGAAAUGAUAGUAAUUCAUCUCCCAUCCCCGGUAACUGCUCAAAAAUAUCGUGCAGAAUCAUUGUACGAAGGUCCUGCGGAUGAUGAGUGCGCUAUUGGAAUUCGAGAUUGUGACCCCAACGCUCCACUUAUGUUAUAUGUUUCUAAAAUGGUGCCGACUUCUGAUAAAGGUCGUUUCUAUGCUUUCGGUCGUGUAUUCUCUGGCACCGUAAGAUCAGGUCUCAAAGUUCGUAUCCAGGGUCCUAAUUAUCAACCAGGAAAAAAGGAAGAUUUGUUCUUAAAGUCCAUUCAGCGCACCAUUCUAAUGAUGGGUCGUUAUGUUGAACCAAUUGAAGAUUGUCCUGCCGGUAACAUUGUUGGACUUGUUGGUGUUGAUCAAUACUUGCUCAAGUCUGGUACCAUCACCACCUCCGAAACGGCACAUAAUCUAAAAGUCAUGAAAUUCUCUGUAUCACCUGUCGUGCGAGUGGCUGUUGAUGUGAAGAAUGCUAAUGAUUUGCCAAAAUUAGUCGAAGGAUUAAAACGUCUCUCCAAAUCAGAUCCUUGUGUCCAAUGUUCUACUUCCGAAUCCGGAGAACACAUCGUAGCUGGUGCUGGAGAGUUGCAUUUGGAAAUUUGUUUAAAGGACUUGGAGGAAGAUCAUGCACAAGUUCCAAUUAAAACUGGUGAUCCAGUGGUAGCGUACCGAGAAACAGUUCAAGCCGAAUCAUCAGUUGUCGCCUUGUCUAAGUCGCCCAAUAAACAUAAUCGUCUGUACAUGAAGGCCAUGCCAAUUCAAGAAGAACUUUCUUCAGACAUUGAAACCGGGAAAAUUGGCCCACGUGAUGACUUCAAGGCUCGUGCCCGUAUCCUAGCUGAAACUUAUGGUUGGGACGUAACCGAUGCCCGUAAAAUUUGGUGUUUUGGACCCGAGACCACCGGUCCAAAUUUAUUGGUUGAUGUAACCAAGGGAGUUCAAUAUCUUAACGAAAUCAAGGAUUCGUGUGUUGCCGCUUUUCAAUGGGCCACAAAAGAAGGCGUAUGCGCUGAAGAAUAUAUGCGAUCAUGUCGGUUCAACAUCAUGGACGUGGUGUUACAUGCUGAUGCCAUUCAUCGCGGUGGUGGCCAGAUCAUUCCCACCUGCCGUCGUGUCAUUUACGCUUCGUGUUUAUUAGCCACCCCUGGUAUCUUAGAACCUGUAUAUCUCGUCGAAAUUCAGUGCCCAGAAUCUGCAAUGGGUGGUAUCUAUAGUGUAUUGAACAGACGUCGCGGUCACGUCUUUGCCGAAGAACAGCGUGCUGGUACUCCAUUGUAUAAUGUCAAGGCUUACUUGCCGGUCAACGAGUCAUUUGGAUUCACUGCUGACUUGCGGUCAAAUACCGGGCAAUUAAUGAGCGGCACACCACUAGAACCCGGAAAGGUUUCCGAUCUUGUUAAGGCCGUCAGGAAAAGAAAGGGGCUCUCGGAGGAUAUUCCAAGUCUCGAUAAAUAUAUGGACAAAUUGUAA